UAUCAGAUCAGACCUGCUGAUUUCAGGAUCACACUCGCAGUAAUGAUGGAACCGAACCUGAUAAAGCACGCAGAGACGACCCGGCUCUACUGCAUGAACGCCGGCCAUCACCUGCAGCUUCUCCCUGAGGGUUCAGUGAAAGGAAGCCGAGAGGAGCACGACCGUUACAAUGUGCUGCGGAUUAAAGCCGUGAGUGCUGGAGUGGUGGUCAUCGAGGGAACAGAAACCAAACGGUUCCUCUCGAUGAGUGAGAACGGCAUGCUGUACACAUCACAGUCAGUAACAGAUGAAAGUUACUUCCUGGAGAAGUUAGAGGAGAACCACUACAACACGUACAAGUCCCAAAAGUACGGCCCAGACUGGUAUGUAGGAAUCAAAAAGAACGGAAAACCAAAGCAAGCCACGAAGACGCAUGUUGGACAAAAGGCUGUUUUCUUUCUGCCUCGGCAGGUGGCUGAAGGAAGAGACUGAAAUAUGCUGUAACAGAUGUUUUUCUGUUAACUUUAUUCAGCAAGAGACACGUCAGUGUCACACGUGGAAACACUGCAUUUUUUCAUCUUUUUUUCUAUCAAACUAAACAAUGAAUCCUGACUGUAUAUAGAGCUGGUCUUUAAAAAGUCAUUACAUUUUUUAUCUAAUAUUGCAUUAGGAAUGAUGUUCAGCAAUAAGAGUGGUGGGUGGGUGGGUUUGUUUGUGUGUGUGUGUGUGGGUGUGUGUGUGGGUGUGUGUGUGGGUGUGGG